CCUGUCUGAUUUGGUAAAGCUGCCAUAUGCUGGAGGACGCACAGGGGGGAACAUUUAGCAGCAACUAGAUUAAAAAUACUUGGCGGAGGUUGAUUUAAGGAAUUUAAGCCCUGACCCUUUUUCGUCAGGAACGAGCGCCGUUACGUCGGAAGAGCAGCACGAGCCGGUAUCGCAGCGACUUUUAUUAGACAGAAACCACCAAUAUUAAUCUGCUCGAUAUAGAUAAUAAUAACGCGAGAGUUUGCAAGUUGCCUCAAGACUGUAGUUGCAACUGUCAAAGGUGGAGUGGAUACGCGCAUGACCCAACACACAUUACUGUAAUACUGUACACGGCCGCCGAGAUAAUAUCCGUAUAAAAAAACGAAAUAAUCCCGAGGUAAGGAGCCGAGGAGUGUACCAAAACCGACCGGGGUUUGGCGUUUCUGCUCGUUUUCCUUCGCUUCGUUUCCUUUUACUCUAACCAAGUGUUUCGCCGCCGUCGAAAUUACUGCACUAAAUAUAUUUUUGUGCCUCCCUUUAGCUCCAGCCAGCGCAAGGAUUUUUUUUUUUACUCCUCCUUCGUAAUAAAGUCGCCAUUUUGCUUCACUGCCUAUAUAAACCAUCCCGUAUUCUAAUAUUUUUCCUUCAAGGAGUCGAGGAGCUACCUAUCUUCCCUGGCUAUUUCUCAUAUUUCUGGAGUGUUUAACGAGAAGACAGAGGUUGAAGAAGUGCCUCGUGGUAUGCUAUACAUAUUAAUGCAGGAAAGGAGGGGGGCAAGGCAAUUGGAAACUGGGAAUAAGGUGAAAGUAUCCAGGAUUUCUUUUCAUGUGCAGACGAAAAUUGUAAUUUCUCUUCUCCUGCCCUGCUCUUUUUUUCUCUUGCACCUCGUCGUCGUCCGCAGAGUAGGGGGGGACAGGACGACGGUGACGACUGUCCACUUCCUUUCAGGCCCCCCAACCCCUGUCUGACCGGUCCUUGACGCACAGCAGGUGUGAUUGCCAUGUAACAGAACAUUGGUGGAAAAACGCCCACUUUAGGUGCCUGUCUCCUGACCCCCUCCUCCCUCACGUGGGUGACCCGGGGCCACCCGGCCCCUAGUGCUGGGUGACUGCCCGACAGUUCAGGCAUGGAGAGCCCAAGUGGCCCCAGGCUUGGGAAGCUGUCCUCAUCAGGGCUGCCAAGGGGCCGGACCCCCAAGCAUGGACAUCCCCAGGAGCCUGUCAGAACCACGCCAGGCCCUGAAAACAACAACAAACACAGUCCGGUGUGUGAUGAGCCAGCAGAGGGGAAGAGGAAAGGUCGCCCUAAAGCAGAAGUGCAGGAACUGAGAAGCAUCCCUGCCCAUAUGAUAGUACAAUGGAAGGAAGAGUUUAAGCGCCGCUCCAGGGUUAAGUGUCCGUGUUCAGGCUGCUGGUUAGAGUUUCCCAGCAUCUAUGGCGUCAAGUACCACUAUCAACGCUGCCAGGGGGCCACCGUAGCCGAGAAGCUGAGUCAUGGCUGUCCCUACUGUGAGGCAGUGUUUGCCACAAAGGUUCGCCUGCAGAAGCACAAGCUGUGGAACCACCCAGACAGGGUUAGCAUGGAGCCCAAGGACGAGCAGCCUAAGCUUCAAAAGACCCCUGUCAAGUCCAACACCAAGAAAAGGCCCAUGGAGAACAGUCCCCCCUCUCCGAUGUUCUUCAAAGUGAAAAAGACCCACGAAGUGUCCACGCCCUCUCAGAACGGGGAGCUGGCCCACCAGAAGAGCGAGAGGAAACAGCACAGCCACAGCCAGCCUUCACAGCAGAUUCACCAGUCCCAGCCAGUCCAGCCUCAGUCCCAGCAGUCCCACAGCACGUCGUCUGAUGCAGGGGGCAGUGAAAGUGAAGGAGGCAGCCUUCCGCCGUCUUUCCCUGACGAAGACCCAGAGCGAAUGAGGCACAGACGGAAGCAGAAAACGCCCAAGAAAUUCACUGGAGAGCAGCCUUCUAUAUCUGGAACAUUCGGAUUGAAAGGUAUGACUAAGGUGGAGGAGAAGCUGAAGGCGGGCCGUGCAAAGAGAUCAGAGGGGAGUGGGUUCAAUGAGGAGCCCCAGAGAAGACCUACUUCAAGUCAGUCCUCCAAGAAAGAUCCAGCUACAACCAGCUCUGGUGCUGACACCCAGUGGCAGCGAGCAAUCCACGAGCGAGGUGAAGUGGUGUGCCCCACCUGCUCCAUCGUCACCAGGAAAACAAUCCACGGCCUCAAGAAACACAUGGAGAUUUGCCAGAAGCUCCAGGAUGCCCUGAAGUGCCAGCAGUGCCACAAACAGUUCAGGUCCAAGGCCGGCCUCAACUACCACACCAUGGCUGAACACAGCACCAAGCCCUCGGGGAGCGAAGGCCAGACGGGCGACAAGCACGAGGAGAGAGAAAGGCUGCGCCGAGUGCUCAAACAGAUGGGACGAAUCAAGUGUCCUAGUGAGCACUGUGGAAAAACCUACCGCUCCAAGGCUGGCAGAGACUACCAUGCACGCACCGAACACUCCCCGACUAUCACCACCACCACGACAGCCACCACCAACAACAACAACAAGGACAUUAUCACUGACACCAACAACAACACUGGCAAAGAGAGGGUGGUCUCUGAGGAGUCUCCGUCAGUAGGCAAGAAGGAGCAAAGCCAGUCGGAGAAGAAGGAUUGGCAGGAGAAAGCACCAUCCGGCCAGCCUAAGGAGAAGGAGAGAGAAGCCAGGGACAAGGACAGGGAAAAGGAAAAGGAGAGGGAGCGAGUAAAGGAAAAAGCAGCACAGAAUGUGAGCCAGGGGGACGACUUUGAACGCACCCCCAGUGGCAGAGUGAGGCGCCGGUCAGCUCAGGUGGCAGUGUUCCACCUGCAGGAGAUAGCAGAGGACGAGCUGGCCAAAGACUGGGGCACCAAGCGCCGCAUCAAGGAUGACCUGGUGCCCGACAGCAAGAGGUUAAACUACACCCGUCCCGGCCUCCCGAACUUCAGCCCAGAGCUAUUAGAGACCUGGAAAAACCAAGUCAAGGAGAAGGGCUUCAUCUGCUGUACCAAUGAAAACUGUGAAGCUGUCUAUUCCAGUGUAUCAGGACUAAAAGCUCACCUCGCCAACUGCAGCCAGGGCGGUGGAGAACUGGGAAAGUACACUUGUCUGAUCUGUCAGAAGGAAUUUAGCUCAGAGAGUGGUGUGAAGUACCACAUCAGCAAGACACACUCACAGAACUGGUUUCGGGCAGCAGCCAGCCAAGUGGUCUCCAGCAGCAAGAGUAAAGCACCGGAGAACAAUGGGAUCAAAGCCGAGGUGAGGAACGGCGCCACCACUGGUAAGAAGAGGGGCCGCAAGCCCAAAGAGCGCCCCCCUGUGGUUGCGCCUCUCCAAACAAAAACUGAAGCACCAACCACUACUCAAAACUCAACCCCUGCCGUGACCCCUUCACAGUCCCCCACCCUGAUCCCCGACCCAACGGACAGUGCUAAUUCAGGCCAAAACAGACAGCCCAUCCCCUCCGCCGCCAGACGAAGCAAACCCAAGAGGCUGUCAUUGUCAGAGUAGCUCUGCUUUUGUCGACCCAGGAGCCAGAGAGGAUGCUUACUGUAAGUGUUGUGCCAGGAAGCUAAAAGACCUUUCUAACUUCACAAGGACUUGGCACUGAGAAGAAAGUUAAACCAACCCUUAAAAAGUAAAACAUUUAGUACAGACUUUUUGAAAUCCCACAGUUAAUGUGUCUGCUGUUAUAAAUGAUCCUCGUGUAACAGUAGUGUUUUAUUUCUCCAUUCCACUUUUGUCUCCUUUUUAAGGCACACAUUUCAGUUUCUGUACUCACAGCAGGGGCGUCAGUAGUAAUCAAAGAUGAAAUCCUGACUUCCACGUGGAUAGCGUUUUCUAAACAGAGGUAGUAUUCCAAACAGAGGCAGAGUAAUUCUCUCUACAAUAUUCAUGUUGUGUUCGAGAGGUUUUAAAAAGGAUAUUCUAUUAGCAUGGUGAAGUCAUUUAAUGAUAGCUAGUGUUUUCACAUUUUUUUCCACAGAUAUACUGUACUGUGUACAUAAACAAUAUCUAUAUCUAUAUAUCUAUAUACUCAAAGCAAUGAUGCCAUCUGUCAUUUUAAAGCCUGACACGUCCAAUUGGAUCAUGAGCAGUCAGAAUUUUUUGCAGUGUGUGCUGUAGUGCAAUGUUGUUUUGACUUAAUUUCUGUUUUUUCUUUUUUUUGUUUUUUUUACUUUUCAUGUUUCAAGUAAGCAAAUGUCAUAUAAGCUAAAAUGUUGGUCAGUCGUUAAUCAUAUUCCACUCUGUUUUUCCGACAGCUAUGUGGCUAUCACUUCAGUGACAUUUGUUUUUGUUUUAUCUGCAUCACAUGACGGUGAACGGUAUCUGCUUCGACGACCAUAAUUAAGUGUCAAAAGAUGCUUUCCACAAUUCUUUUACACUGAAGUUAAUGAGCAGAAUACCCCAAAAUAGUGAUUGUUUGAGAUUUCCAUCUGUAAGGUAUAAGUUAAUACUUAAAAUGGCAUUGUUUAAUUGAUUUUAAACAAAAAAAAAACUUGAAGCAUUCUGUCUAAAAUAGGACUGGCAAAGCUAAAUGUUGGACAGAGGGAUGAAUCUUGUGUGAAGCUUGUUGCACCAUUGCAGCACAAUCAAAUGAUGUGACACCAUUUUAAAGGAGGCCAUGUUUUGGCCACUGCUUUAGCUUGAAUCAAAGAGCUGAGGAGAGAAUAAGAAAUAUCUUUUAUAGAGAGGUUGAGGGAAAUAAUCUUUUAUUAAACAGAAAAAUUGCAAAUGAAGAUUCACUUAUAAUGAUGUAUAUGAAUUAAUUCCUGGAUGCUCAAAGUUAUCGCCUUGCACUUUAACCCUUAACCCCUCUCACUCCCCUCUUGUAUUUUUGCACUCCAGGAGUAUUCAACCUAACCUAGUGGCUGUCAAGGCACAGGAGCGGAAAUAUUUUACUCUGAUGAAAAAAUUAAACUAGAGAAAAGCUAAAUUUGUCUUUACAUGGAUACCGAGCAGCAUGGUUAACUCUUUAUAGAUAGUAUCUGUAAUCCAACACGACCGUGUAAUUAUGACUCGUCACACAAAGCCAUAACUGGUCUUGUUGAAUUUUAAGGCUGCUCUUCCACUUAAUAGUUUAGCUUCAGAUUUAAAAAAAAAAAUAUAAUCCAUUAUUAUAUUAAAAUCUAAAAUGUGUGCAAUCAGAGAAUAUUUUCACUUUAACAUGUUUAAAGUAGAUACUUGAAUCCACAGUUAUAUUAACGAUUUGAGCAAAUGAAAACUCCGUAAAUAUUUGAUUUAUAUUUGGAGUCUAUGUCUAAAACUUGCUUGCUAUACAAAAAAAAAGAGACAGAUCAUAAAUCUAUUUUAUAUUCUCUUUGUGUGUAUUACCCAUAUAGCAAUCUGAUAGCUUUGGAUAAAGUUAUGAUGUGUGGAUAUUCUGGUGAGAUAAUAAGGGUGCUUAUACUUGCCACUCUACCUUAAGGACCUGAUACAACUCAGCGAGUCCACUAAUCCAUCCUGCCAUUUCCUCCUUACUGGCAAGUCUUCUGAAUUUUGCACCAACAAAUGUCAAUGUCGCCAUUUAAAUCAAGCACUGAUGUCAGCGGAACAUUUUCGAGAAGCAUUGAAUUUGAAAUGUAUGCGUCCCAGGUGGUGUCAUCCCUACGCCGUGACCUUUUAUAUUGUGAAGCAAAGAUUUGAGCUGAAUUCCUCCAUUAUUAAUCAACUGAUGGAGUUUAUUCAGGUGGGGAUGAUUAUGCAUGUGUCUGUCUCUGUUAGCGGGAUGGACCUUUAUCUUCUAUCCAGGUUCAACCGACGGAGAGGAUAAGUUAGACAAGCACUGAUCGGUCCGCGGACCUUUUUCGAUAUGAGUUGUCCAGACCUUGUGUGUGCGUGCGUGUGUGUGAGUGUGUGCGUGUGAGUGUGUGUACAAAACAGUUAGCACCUUUGUAAUGACUGGAUGUCAGAAAUGGUAACACUUUUCGUUGAGUGUUACGCCGUGGCACAGAAUCAGUUCAUCAGCUGCUUGUUACUCGUUUCAUUAAUAACGUCACAUUGACUGUGUUUACCUGACAAGCUUUGGUGUUGCAAUAUGAUAGUUAGGCACUGCUUUUAACAGUGGGUAUUUUAUAUUUUAUCACACCCUUUACUAUCUGUCUUCCUAUGAUGUGGAGAACACAUAUCUAUCCCGCAGUGUGAGCUAACUGCAACAUCUUUAGAAAGUACAGCAAUACACCAUAUUUAGCUGGUUUUGUUGGCUUGCUGAUAUUUUGAUAUUGAUGUGUCUUCUCAAAAUUGUAUGGCUUUUUUUUCACUCCCCCUACUUUUAUUUGUUUGCUUUGAAAAUGCUUUUUACAUAUUAUGAAAUCUAAAAAAAAAAAAAAAAAAGGAAAAAAAAAAGGUUGAAAAGAUUUGUAGACCACACAGAACAUUGUAGGCCUAUGUGUCGGCAUACACUGUUAUUUUAUCCAUUUUGAUGAUGCACAUAAAUCGAGCUUUUUUCAGUACACGAUGACAAACACAUUGAGAGAGUCCUUUAUUAUUAUCUAUUCAAUAUGGGACAACAAGGCAUAUGUAUGUGUGUUUGUUUCUGUAUUUAGUGCACUUACUAUACCAUGAAAUAGGCUUGAAAUAGGAGUGUUGUUGGAGCUUUCUAGUUACCCUGACUGUGUGUGGUGUGACUUUUGUACCUGGGGAAACAGCAGGCUCAAGCGUCUUCCCUUUGUCAGCAAUGUUAUUUCCAAAACCAAGGUAAAUCCUUAGACAUCCCCCCCUUAGUCAGCCUGAGAAUUCUACCCUUUUAUUUGGACAGCAGUGGUUCGUUUUGUAUGCUACCUACUUCACAAGCAGGAAAUGGGAUCCGCCUCUGUUGUCGGGGCCAUUGUGAUGAAGCUGUUGAGAUCGUUUUAAGAGAUGAUGUUGUAGCUCAUAACUGGUUAUGAUGUAUAGGUAACAGGUGAAAUGAGACUAAUGAUGUAUUAAAGAUUUCCAUAUCUGAAAUUAAGCUGUAUAGAACCUAACACAGGAGGCGUCGACACCUCCUUUGAGUCUGAACUGUUACAAUUUUUUCUCCCAAACUUGUUGUAUUACCUGUGCAUUAGUAUCCCUCAACUAAUUAAUAAAAGUUUG